UGACGGGGGCGUGGCCAGAAGGCGGAAGUCACCUCAGGAGGCCGGACAUGGCGGGCGUCAAAGCUCUCGUGGCCCUGUCCUUCAGCGGAGCCAUCGGGCUGACGUUCCUCAUGCUGGGCUGCGCCCUGGAGUACUACGGUGUGUACUGGCCUCUGUUUGUGUUGAUAUUUUACUUCAUCUGCCCCAUUCCCCACUUCAUUGCCAGAAGAGUGAGUGAUGACAGUGAUGCUGCCAGCAGUGCCUGCAGAGAACUGGCCUAUUUCUUCACCACAGGAAUUGUUGUCUCAGCUUUUGGAUUUCCAAUAAUCCUUGCACGGGUUGAAGCAAUCAAAUGGGGAGCCUGUGGCCUGGUGCUGGCUGGCAAUGCAGUCAUUUUCCUUACUAUUUUAGGCUUUUUCCUUGUGUUUGGGAGAGGAGAUGACUUUAGCUGGGAGCAGUGGUAGGACUUCACUCUGGUGCUGGUAACAUUUGCUAUUUUACAGCCUUUCUUACCAUACUCUGUGUAUAUGUAUAGAUAUUAUAACAUGUGGUGCAUAAACAUGUAGCUUUAUCUGUCCAUAAUGUGCUUUUUUAUGAUGCACUUCAGCCAAAGGGACAGUGGUGACAGUUGGCUUAAAGUAUUCAGUCAAAUCUGGAAUUACUAUCACAAAUUUGUCCUCUAAGUUUACAAAACAAGGAGUUUUACCUGUUUUUUCACUAUCAAUGCACUAACUUUUGGGUUAAUUGGUAUUAACUGAUAUCACAUUGAUACAUGUGACAUUGGUCAACAUUCCUGUUGGGUUUUGAACCAUGUAAUCAAAGUAGAACAGUAUAAAGAUUAUCCUAAUUGAUACUGUUUAACUUGAUCAAUCUUUCUGCCUUGAUUAGGGAUGAGUUAAUAUUUAAUUUCAUCUGAUGGAUUGUAAUUUUGUUUUUUUUCAUGAUAACAUUAAAUGAAACAUAAGUUAUGCCAACUCUCUUACUACCUAAUGAAAGCAAAAGGAAAUAACCCUGGUUAAAAAUCCUUCUUUCCAUUUAUGAUGUUUAUUUAAAAGAUAUUUUUCUCCCCACCAAGAUACUCUGUGUCCCUAUUCAGCUUAACAAAUGGGGAUGUAUUUGGGGAAUAAUAUAUUUUAGUGCUCAGAGCUGACAUUACUUCUCUUAUGAAGGUUCACAAAAGGAGAAACUGCUCUCAGGACACUUAAAAUUACAAUCUUGUGUUCAGUUCUUUAUUUUUAUGUGUGAAAUGCCUGAAUUGCAAAGAAUUGAGUGUUCUGAGUAGGACUUCUUCUCAUUGCUUUUAAAACAGACUUAUUCAGUUACUAUUUUUUUGUCUGUAAAAAAAAUGAAUGUUACAUAAAACACUAUAUUUUCAAAUAGCUUUAUGCUGAUAAAGAGUCACAUCAUCACACUUAGAAAAGUAAGUUUUAUUACUGCAGUUUUGUGAGAAUAGAUUUUGAUACAACCCAGAGCAAAGGUUCAAAAUGGAUGGAUUUUCUGUGAACACUCAGAUACUGGGGACAGAAAUCAUUCUGUGGUCCAAGUACUGGAAUAUGGCUCAAGUGGGAAUGGAAAAUCAGGUUUCAGGAAGGUUAAUUCCAUGUUUUAAAUUGAAAUAUCAGCUGUGUGUGAGGGGAGCAGUUCAGUGCUGGGGAAUGCUGUGUUUUAUACUGAAGGGUGUCCAGGCUGUUGUUCUGGUAAAAGAAGAAUUAACAUGAGAGGACAGUUUCUCCUGGAUGUUAGUGGUACACUGGAGAUAUAGCAGGAUAUACUUGUCCAGAUGUAUGUUAGUGUCUUCUUCCUGGCUCUGGAUGAAAUCUGCUGGACCCUACUCCCAUGGGAAUUAUCUGGCCUAAUUAAAAGCCAAGUUCUUUGGAGUAAACAUCAUUUCCAUGUCUAAGCCCUGCUUUGAUUUUUGAAGAACUUACUUUUUUUUCCUAUAAAAUGGCAUUUUUUACUCAAAUUAAUAAAGUGAAAUGGCAACAAUAAUACCCAAUUUAAGUGCCUGAUCCUCUAAAUGCCCAAUGCCAUUGCUAACAAUUCUAUUUAACUCCUGGUGGAUUAGAGCUGAACUUUGGAGUGGUUUUACUCCUUAGCAUUUACCUACCAAAGGCUGCAAACCUACUCAAUUACUAAGUUUUGCUUUCACAGUGGGGGGGAAAACCAGCUGAGAUGAUUUUUUCUUUCAAUUAGAGAAUGAUUAUUUGUGGAAUGUGUUGUAGAUGUCUUAUAUAUCAGUGUGCUGGUGGCACAGGGGGACACAGGAAGGAAACAGGGACAAUCUGAACUGAACAGGAGGAGCAGAAAGUGCAGCUCUGAAGAGAAAUUGCUUUUUGCCAAAUUAUCCUGCUGUACUGUAUUCCCUUGGUCUGGCUGGGGUUGGUGGGGACCUCAUGAAACAGCAGGUGAAGGCUGAAUGGAGAAGGCCAUUGCUUUUUAUUUUUAUUCUUUUUGAAACAGUUACAUGCACUAAUCCUUAAUGUGAACUUCAUGCAGUUUUCACAUGGACUUGUUACAUUUAACUCUUAAAAUUGUUUUUACCAGUGUUUAAAUCAUGGAAAUCUUCCUUGACCUCUGUAAAAGUAAAUUUGCUUGAAUCAAGUAGGGUAAAAAAAAAAAUAUUUCAUUGCUCUUUUUUUUAACCAGAACUUCACUCACUCACCCAACCUUGGUGCUCUGCUGGUCUGUACUGGGCAUACUGUCACCAUCCUCCAGUAGCAAUUUACUGUGGUUUCUCUGAAAUUGUUUUCCUAUUUGGAAGUGAAUACUAUGUAUCCAAAGUGCCUUAAUUUCCAUACUGUGCCGAUUUUUUUGUGAAUGCAUAUACAUGGCUAUAUCACUGUGUUUCAUAAUGAGCUGAAAAUCUGUGGCUGCAUUUUAUAAAGCUUCCUUGUCCUCUAAUCCUGAUUCCUGUAGCUGGGAAUGCAGUGCAGCUUUUGGAACUUUUGUAAACACUGUUUUUAUCUUCUGUGAUUGCCACGUUCUUGAGAUCAUGAAGUAUUAAAACAUGGACAUGAAAAUACAUUCUACUUUUCUUUUUGAGUUGUCUAAUAAAACUGACUUUUCGAGUUGUCUAAUAAACAUAUCUGAUGCUUAA